UUGAGAGAGAGAGAGAGCGAGCGAGCUAGAAAGAGAGAGGGAAAUGGAUACAUUAGUGCAGGUACCUUACGAUGCUACAGUGCGCUUGAUGCUAGCUUCACUGGAGCGUAACCUACUACCGGACGCGGUGAUAAGGAGGCUUACUCGGCUGCUGUUAGCGAGUCGUCUCCGUUCUACUUACAGGCCAUCCUCCCACCUUCAGCUCUUUGACCUCCUCCAAUUCGCGCAUUCUUUAAGAGAAAUGCCUAUAGCCAUCAAGACUGACGAGCCAAAAUCCCAACAUUAUGAACUCCCCACCUCUUUUUUCAAGCUCGUUCUUGGAAAGAAUCUCAAAUACAGUUGCUGCUACUUCCUUGAUAAGUCGAACACUUUAGAGGAUGCUGAGAAAGCAAUGUUGGAGUUGUACUGUGAGAGGUCUCAGUUAAAAGAUGGUCACACUGUUCUUGAUGUUGGAUGUGGGUGGGGAUCGCUCGCUUUAUACAUUGCACAAAAGUACAGUAAUUGCAAGGUUACAGGGAUAUGCAAUUCAACAACACAAAAAGCAUACAUUGAGGAGCAGGCUCGGGAACUUCAGCUGCAGAAUGUGGAGAUCAUUGUCGCCGAUAUCAGCACAUUUGAAAUGGAAGCUUCAUAUGACCGUAUAUAUUCCAUUGAAAUGUUUGAGCAUAUGAAGAACUACAGGGAUCUUCUUGAGAAGAUAUCCAAAUGGAUGAAGCCCGAUGGAUUUCUUUUUGUUCAUCAUUUCUGUCAUAAAGCAUUUGCUUACCACUUUGAGGAUGUCAAUGAAGAUGACUGGAUCACUAGGUACUUCUUUACUGGAGGCACAAUGCCUUCAGCAAAUCUACUUCUUUAUUUCCAGGAUGAUGUUUCUGUCGCCAACCAUUGGCUUGUGGAUGGGAAGCAUUAUGCACAGACAAGUGAAGAGUGGCUUAAGAGAAUGGACAAGAACAUGGAUUCCAUAAAGCCAAUAAUGGAGUCAACUUACGGCAAAGAUUUGGCUGUUAAGUGGACUGUCUAUUGGAGGACAUUCUUCAUAGCAGUUGCAGAACUGUUCGGGUACAAUAAUGGAGAAGAAUGGAUGGUUGCACUUUACCUAUUCAAGAAAAAAUGAAGUCUUCUAAGCUCAACUUGUUGGAUGGUGAGAAAUAAGGGAAGAAAAAGUGUCCAUGUGAUUGGAUGAAUAAUCAUUGUUUGAAUGUGAUUGUACUUUUCAGAAGCUGGUGGAAAACCUGUAUUGUUGUGCUACUGGUGAAUGUCUUAUGGAAUGACAUUAUUGUCCUUUUUCUUGUCUUGGAAA